AUGGUCCGCCACAAGAAAGACAAUUUCUCAUCGCGGGGCAAGCACUCCCACCGCGGAGGCCCCCGAAGCGCCCGCCAGAUCGCCGCCGAGAACAACAACAACACCACCACCACCACCGAAGCCAACUCCAACAACACCACCACCGCCAACAACAACCACAACCGCGGCAGCGGCGGCGCUAGUUCCCGCCCCGCCUUCAAAGCCGCCUGCUGGGACCUCGGGCACUGCGACCCCAAGCGGUGCUCAGGCAAGCGACUGAUGCGACUGGGCCUCAUGCGGGGGCUGCACUUGGGGCAGCGACACGCCGGGGUGGUGAUCACGCCGAACGGCAAAGCGACGCUGUCGCCGGCGGACGCGCCGCUGCUGGACCAGUACGGCGCGGCGGUGGUGGAGUGCUCGUGGGCGCGCACGGGCGAAGUGCAGUGGAGCAAGGUGGGCGGCAAGUGCGAGCGGCUGCUGCCGUACCUGGUCGCGGCGAAUACGGUGAACUACGGCAAGCCGUGGAGGCUGAAUUGUGUGGAGGCGCUGGCGGCGGCGUUUGCGAUUUGUGGGCAUCUGGAUUGGGCGGAGCAGGUGCUGGCGCCAUUUUCGUACGGGGACGCGUUUUUGGAGAUUAAUGGGAGUUUGUUGAAGAAGUAUGCGGCGUGUGAGGAUGAGGCGGGCAUGAAGAGGGUUGAGCAGGAGUGGAUGGAGCGGUUGGACCGGGAGUAUACUGAGAGUAGGGAAGAAGGGGAUCCGGAUGAUUUGUGGGCCGGCGGGAAUCGGAAUAGGAGGAUUCUCGCGGACUCGGAUGAGGAUGAGGAUGGCGAGGAAGACGAGGAGGAGGAGGAGGAUGGAGACGAAGAAGAUCAGGACGACAAAAGCGUAGACGGUAUCUAUCUUGGCAGCAAACCACCCCCGAAAGGACAAGCGCACCAGCCGGAAGAAGAAAGGGACCCAUUCGCAUUAUCAUCCGACAGCGAAGAGGACGAUGACGCCGAAAUGGAAGCCAUCCGCCGCAAGAUCAUCGCCUCGAAGCCCUUCUCCAACCCCGAACCGGACGAGAAAAAGCCCCUCGAAACCGUCGCCAGGCCGCAACCGAAAUAUAAGCCAGAUUCAGACGCCGAGCCCGAUUCGGAUAACGGGUCCGAUGACGAGUUUGACAACAUCAUUGAUGCGACGCCGGUGACAGAUAGGAUGGGCUUGGUUAAGCUUGAAAAGGAGAGGGCACGGAUUACAACAACAUCCAGGACAUUCUCGUCCGGGGGUGUGUCUGCACCGUCGAGGUGGUAG